GGCCAUCCGCUACCUGAGCAAGCGGCGACAGGAGCGCAUCCAGCUCAUCGGGGACCUGCUGCACCGGGAGGGCUUCGACCUGGCGCUUCUGCAAGAGGUGUGGAGCGAGCAGGACUACAGUGACCUAAAGGCGAAGCUGGGAAGCUGCUACCCCUUCUCCCAUUACUUCCGCAGCGGGGUGAUCGGCAGCGGCCUCUGCGUCUUCUCCAGGUUCCCCAUCCUGGACACCCUCCUUUACCAGUACUCACUCAACGGGUACCCCUACAUGCUCCAGCAUGGGGACUGGUUCUGCGGCAAAUCCGUCGGCCUCGUCAUCCUUAAGAUUUCGGGGAUCCUCUUCAACGUCUACGUCACCCACCUGCACGCCGAAUACUGCCGGGAGAAGGACGCCUACCUGCCCCACCGCCUGGUGCAGGCCUGGGAGCUGGCCCAGUUUAUCCGCCACACCUCGAAGGCAGCCGAUGUGGUGCUGCUGGGGGGGGACCUGAACAUGCACCCCGAGGACGUGGGCAUCCGCCUGCUGCGGGGCUGGACGGGGCUGCGGGACGCCUUCGCCGAGGCCACGCACUUUGAGGGCUGUGAGGACGGCUGCACCCUCAUCCCCAAGAACUGCUUCACAGUCAAGGCAGAGCUGCUGCCCUUCCCGCUGGGCAUCCGCAUCGACUACAUCCUCUACAAGGCCAGCUCCAGCUUCACGGUGACGUGCGAGGAGCUGAGGACCACGACGGGGACAGCCCCAGGCAGGGACAUCCCCUUCUCGGACCACGAGGCCGUGAUGGCAACGCUGCUCAUCCGCAGGCAGGGACGGGCUGUGGGUGCUGCCCCCAGCACUGACGAGCCGGCGCUGGCGGAGGUGGUGACGGAGGCGCGGACGGAGGUGAGCGUGGGGCUGCGGGCGGCGCGGCAGCAGCGUUACUCCAAGGGCAGGAUGGCGGUGCGGGCCCUGCGGCUGCUGCUGCUGCAGCCCACGGCCGCCCUGGGCGCGCUGGCGGGGCUGGGGGCCCAGCAGCCCUUCCCCAAGCUGUCCUUCUCGCUGCUGGCCUUCCUCGCCGUCGGCAUCCUCCUCCUCGCCACCGCCCUCCACCUCUUCCACACCAUGGAGGUGAAGAAGCUGCAGGGCACCGAGGAGCAGAUGGGGAUGGCGCUGCGGGCGCUGCGGGAGCGACCCAGCGACGGCUGA